ACUCUCUAUACGCGGAUGUUUCGAAGAAUCAAUUUCAAGUCCGCGUUCUGGGGGUCGCUGUUCACUGCAUCUGGAAUCUCCAUCAACCGCCCUAGUGUCCACGUGACACAGCGACUCAAGGCCAUUUUCACACCCUAUUGGUGUGCUUGUCAUGUGGUCGCGAGGAGGUAGCCCACUUUACGCAAGGAUUGUUAUGUCUCAAACAUGUCAGCUACAAAGGACGUCUAUCUAUUCUCUUUGAAAUCGUUCCAAAAUGUCUUAUUCCAACAGUUCACCGGCUGCAAGUACGUUCUUGGUAGACUCCUUGAUCAGUGCGUGCAGGGCAGACAGUUUGUACUCCAACAGCAUGUAUAUGUCUCCAGGUACCGACACGGGAGGAUAUGGGAUGGCGAGCUGCGGUGUGGUGCCCUCCCUGGCUCGAAGAGGGGAGGUGGGUCAUCUCAGCACAAGCAUGGCCGUCCACUCCUCCUACCUCCCCCCCUAUGAGAGCUGGCCGGACCCUGGCAGGACUGGCAGGUUCGAGCAGCACUCCUUCCCCCCCUGCAUCAAAGAGGAGAGUGAGUGCUGCAUGUACUCCGACAGGAGUGGGCGACUCGGUUCGCCUCAGCCCAGGCUUUCCUCGUCUUACUCCGGCCUCAUCUCAGAUUCCUGCCCGGUCGAGAGCCCUGAGAUCCCGGUCCCGGGGUACUUUAGACUCAGCCAAACAUACUCGUCCGGUAAAAACCAAGACUACGGUGAUCAGGCAAGCAUCGAAAGUCUCAUGCAGCUCAACGGAGCAGCCCCAAAGUCCAACGCGCAGAAGUCUGUUCCUGUUGAGGUGGAAAAACAAACGGGCGAAGCUCCAUCUACCCGAGAACGGGAGGUCACAGGUGCCGCCGGGGCCAGUCCGGACCAGCGGACCAGCCUGCAGGAGGACCAGAGCUCCUCGUCCGAUGCCUCCGCAGCUAGCCCGGACCUGCCUGUGAGAGAAGCGGGAGAAGCUAAAAAGGAUGCUCCCACCAGUAACUGGUUAACAGCGCGGAGCGGCAGGAAGAAGCGGUGCCCCUACACCAAGCACCAGACUCUAGAGCUGGAGAAGGAAUUCCUCUUCAAUAUGUACCUGACCCGGGAGCGGCGUCUAGAGAUCAGCCAUAGCGUCAACCUGACGGACAGACAGGUAAAAAUCUGGUUCCAAAACCGAAGGAUGAAGCUAAAGAAGCUGAGCCGGGAGACUCGGGAGAACCGGGCUCGGGACCUUACCUCAAGCCUUACCUUCUCCUGAGAUCUGCUGCUGGUCAG